CGCAGAGGGCGGCGGCUGCGCCGGCGGCUCCUGGCGGGCGCCCCCUGGCGGGCGCGGCGCCGCAACGGCGGCUGGGCGGGCCGGGGCGUGGGGCGGCUGCGGCGCGGCGAAAACGCGCCCGGCGGGUGGCGGCGGUGAUGAAAUUCCCGGGCUCCGUCCUCGUCUCCCUCGUCCUCUUCGUGGCCGAGACGGCGGCCGCGCUGUGCCUGAGCGGGGCGUACCGCGCGGCGGGGGACCGCAUGUGGCAGUGGCUGACGCUGCUGUUCGCCCUCCUGCCCUGCGCGCUGGUGCAGCUCAGCCUGGUCUUCAUCCACCGCGACGUGAGCCGCGACCGCCCGCUGGUGCUGCUGCUGCACCUCCUGCAGCUGGGGCCCCUCGUCAGGUGUGUGGAAGUCUUUUACAUUUACUUCCAUGCUGGCAGAGUUGAAGAGCCCUAUGUCAGCAUCACAAAGAAGAGGCAGAUGCCCAAGGAUGGGUACUCAGAAGAAAUUGAAAAAGAAGUGGGACAGGCUGAAGGCAAGCUGUGUACGCACAGGUCUGCAUUCAGCAGGGCGUCUGUGAUCCAGGCGUUCCUCGGCUCAGCACCCCAGCUCACACUCCAGCUCUACAUCUGUGUCCUGCAGCAGGAGAUCACGGCUGCCAGAAGUAUCUUUAUGGUCCUUUCUCUCCUGUCAAUUGUAUACGGUGCCCUACGCUGCAACAUCCUGGCUAUUAAGAUUAAGUAUGACGAUUAUGAUGUCAGCGUGAAACCAGCCGCCUACCUCUGCAUAUUCAUGUGGAGAAGCUUUGAGAUUGCUACACGGGUUACAGUGUUGGUGCUUUUCAGUUCAGUCCUUCAAAUCUGGACUCUCCCCGUUGUACUAGUGAAUUUCUUUGGUUUUUUCUUCUACCCAUGGAUUCUAUUCUGGCAAAGCAAGUCUCCAUUUCCUGAGAACAUAGAGAAGGCACUGAGCAGGGUCGGUACUACCAUAGUCUUGUGCCUUCUUACUUUCCUGUAUGCUGGCAUUAACAUGUUCUGCUGGUCGGCAGUGCAGGUGAAGCUCAACGAUCCUGACUUAAUUAACAAAUCCCAAAACUGGUACCGACUGACUGUGUAUUACAUGCUGCGAUUCAUAGAGAACGCGUUCCUCCUGUUGAUGUGGUACAUUUAUAAAACCGAUAUCUACCUAUAUGUCUGCGCCCCAUUGUUGGUCUUGCAGCUUCUGAUAGGUUACUGCAUGGCUGUCCUCUUCAUGUUGGUGUUCUACCAGUUCUGCCACCCUUGCAAAAAGCUCUUCUCAUCCAGCAUUUCCGAAGGUUUGCUGUCCUGUUUCAAGUUCCUCUGCUUUAUUUGCAAGCCUCCCAAAACCACCAUACUGACAGACAAGGCAGAGGUGAAAUCUCCUGAAACUACUGAUGAAGCACGGAGCAGCAGCAAGUCAAUAGAUUCUCAAAAAGGGAAUCCUCAUCAAAGUGUUUCUUCCAAUGCCUAGUACAACUGGAAGCAAGUAGGUGCCUUUGGAAGGUGGUAGAUCGCCUCCUGGGAACAUUGUGUAUCUUGGACAUUGCAUCUUGUGGAUGGGUUCUCUUUCUUGCAAGUGUAGCACUGCAUGAUGACUGACAAGCCUACCUUUAUGGAAAACUCACGUGUGUAUGGAGAGCAAUCACUGUUUGUAGACUUCUAUUUCAGUGUUCUGCACAUAGGUUUAUUUUCACAUUCUUAUUUUGAAGUCAUUCGAGGAGGCAUCCUUCAAAAACUGGCCUGAUGCUCAUCUUACUCAGGAAAUCUGAGGAUGGAAGGAAAGGCAUUUUAUUUCAGACAGGAUGUCAUUAUGGCAUGUCACCCUAGCAUGGAAACACAGCAUAGACCUUGGCUAUCUUAUUGACUGUUGUGGUCUGCUUUGAUCAAAUUGCACACUUUUUUUACACUCUAAUCAGUGUAAUAAGAUAAUACUUCUCUCUGUGGUAUAAGAAUUGGACUCCUACAAUGCACUGUAGUCUAGGUUGCCAAGAAACGGUGAAUUAGGCAGCACUACUACUGAAAUGUGAUUGUUACUGAGAAUGGACAGAUGGGUUAUUGGCUUUGCACUGUCUUACCCUUCGUGUUUCCUGCUUGUUAGUAAGGGAAUUAAAUUUAACACAUUGUGAUGUUCUGGAAUAGCUCCUUUUUGUGAUAUUAUAGUUUAUCUAAUACUUUUUGUGCUGUUCUGGUAUUAGGGUGCUGUUAACUUUAUAGAACUUUAAAUAUCUAGAGGUUAGGCAGAUAGAGGUUAGGCAGAUAGUGUGAGCUAAUCGUGUAGGUGCUCAUCUCCAAGGAGUAAUUCAACCCAUCUUAAAAAUGUCCUCCAAGUCAGAUGGUAUGAAUCAUUCUCUGGAGACCAAUUACUCAGUGUUAACCAGAUGCCUUGGCAAUUAGUUUUGGCUGUCUGUCUCCCUUUUAAAUGGCUGAAGUUAGAGACGAGCGCUAUCCUGAUUGUCAGAGGGUUGGCCAUACACCAAGCAGGCAACCCGGUGACUUAUGUGGGGAGAGAAGACACUGAGUCCUUAUUCUUGAGGCUGUGCUAUGUUAUGGUUGUUUAGUAUCAGUAGUUCAAAACUCUCUGGCUGCUUUACCUCAGAAAUAUUACAGGCUUGAAAUCUGAGAGAGGAAAUGGAAGUCAUUGACUUUUUCUUCUAUGCACUGUAUCACCACAAGUAAAAGCGUUUCUGUAUUUUUGCAAGUUGCUGGGAAAGCUUUAGCAGAUUAACACGCAAAAGUUUAUUGGAAAUACACAAAUGACCUCAGGUCUGAGGUCAUUUAUAAUGAAAUAUGUUGCAUGCAGUGCUGCAAAGAGCUAAGCUGGUUUUAUUUUGCUCUUUCCUGCACUGUAAAUGAAUGUCUUCAUACUUCAGUUUUAUAAUGGAGUUACAGUUUUUAUUUUGCUCAAUAUGUGUCUGUGUGUGGUAUGUGUAUGUAGGUCUUAUUAAAUUAUUGAUGGGUGGUAAUUGGAAUUUUUGGCCUGAGCUUGCCAUGGGAACGUACCUCGUGUAUCUGCGAAGAUACUAAACACUUCCGUUCUAAUUUCUCUGUCUGAGGAACAUAGAAUAGCGAAGUGACUUCUUGAAGACACUACUGUAUUUCUCUGUACUUCUGUAUGUAGAAGUACAGUAUAGUAUUUCUCUGUGAUUUUCUAGAUGUAGGAGAAUGUUUCAGAUUUCUUAUUUGGAGCAAGUUGAGAAUGUAAGCCUUGCUUCCAAACCUGCAGAGUUCAGUGCACAGGGCCAAAUUUUCAGGUUUCUUAGCUAAAACUGAGUAUCAGACUUCAUAGCUGGAUGCUCAUCAGUAAUCAGGGAAUUAUGGUUGUUGCCUGUCUGCAGGUGUACCUAGGUCUGAAAUGUUAGUCUUUGGGGGGCGCGGGGGGAAGUGGCGUCAUAUAUAGAAGUACUUCAUAUCUGAAGAGAGAGCUUUCAAGUCCUCAAAGCAGACAUUGGACACUGUAAGUGAUGAUGCAGUUGUGAUUUUGCCAUUUGGAAACAGUGGAAGCUUCGUAAACCUCAGCCAGCAAAACGUUUGUGCUACAGUGAAGUCAACAGUAGGAGAGUUCCACAGCCAGGAGUGCAGUGUGUAUGCAUAGUGGGUACCAUUGAACUUCACAUACCGAUGAUGAAGACUACUGUAUAUGCAUAUUUUUAGAGAGUGUCCCAUAUUACUUCCUAUUUUUAUACUAAUCUCCUGAAGUGCAUGCAUAGGGAACUGAAUAUUUAAAUCACUGUUAUGAGAGUGAAAAAUAAUAAUAAUAAAAAAGAAAUAUUUGUAUGGGUUA